AUGUCCGCUUCAAGCUCCGCUAAUCCUUUGGCGUCGUUCUAUCCGGACAUCGGAGCUCCAUCAGCAACAUUUUCGACAGAGGGACUUGAACCGCUGUCAUACGAGGUCAACCCCGCAGGCGACGGCAAAAGCGUCCGCAACCAUCCCCGUCCCGAUGGCAAGCUGAGCCCAUUCUACCACAAGAUGUGGCACGGCGACGGGGGCCCGAACUCAAAGCCUUGGGUUGACUUUCAUGUCUACCACCAGCCCAACAACCCAAACCACGUUCAGUACGCACACAAGCUGUACGAGGCGGUGCGUCGCGAGUUCCCUGAACUAAGGACUUAUCGAUUCUUUGAAGGUCCUCUCGGUCCGCACCCCAUUCCGAUGUUUGAGAUCAACGUCUGCACGCCCGCCGAACUGGGUGCUCUUUUUACGUGGAUGAUGGCAAAUCGAGGGCCGUGCAGUGUUCUCAUCCAUCCCAACACGGGUGACGAGGCUAACGACCACACCGUAAGAGCGACUUGGAUGGGCGACAAGGUUCCCUUGGACGUCGACCUUCUUCGGGCAGUUGAUGCUAAGCACGCUGCCGACAGGAGUGCGUAG